AUGAACCAAUGUUUAGUGGGGGCAGGUCGAGCAGGCGGGCAGCUGGCACCACAAGUUCCCGCUGUUCUCCCACACUCUCCGCUUGCCGCCCGCCAGGCUUUGCCAGGGGACACCAAGAACGGACAGCUGGAGGUUGACUGGAGACGGUGGCCUUAG